AUGGGUCACCUGCAUCGGAGGCUCAACAAUCGCCAAAUCCAGCUCAUCGCAGCAGGUGGCUCCAUUGGAACGGCACUCUUCAUCAGCAUCGGCGGUGGUCUCGCCAAAGGUGGCCCCGGCAGCUUGCUGAUUGCUUACACCGUUUAUACCCUAAUUCUCGCCCUCGUCAACAACUCUGUUGCUGAGAUGAACACUUACAUGCCCGUCGCAGGUGGCUUUGUUCGUCUCGCUGGGUAUUGGGUCGAUGACGCACUUGGGUUUCUCGCCGGAUGGAACUUUUUCCUCUACGAAGCCAUCUUGAUCCCCUUUGAGAUUACUGCUCUCAACAUCGUCAUUUCGUUUUGGAGUGACGAGGUCGUUAAACCAGGACCGACAGCGGGGAUUUGUUGUUGUUGUUGUUGUUGUUGUAUUUAA